CCACCCCCUGAUGGACCUUAUGCCAUAUGACGCUAAGUGUGUUAUAUACUUCUGUCAUGUUUGGUUGCUGGUACAAACACUAACAUUAGACCUCUUCUUAAUUUUAUUGUUUUGUUUUGGGACUUUUUUCCAGACAAAUGAGACCUUAUUAAUAGUGAAUGUCUGACUGGUUUCUUUAGAUUAUACUAUGUGGCUUCUUCUAGCUGGGAUCGUGCUGCUGGUGUGUGAUGCAGAUGCCACACCAGUCGGCGGCAGAACAGUUCCCGAUUUUGGAAAGAUGUAUCAUGUCAGAGGUGAGCUCUCUCUGCCACGUGCUGAGAUAAAAGAACCGUUUGAAGCUUGGUACGACCUUGAGGGGAACAGAAGUCGAAUCGACUAUCGUAAUGGCAAAGUGCGUACCUAUCUGAUUGGAAAUGACUUGGACUAUGGUGCCAUUUACAAGAUCACACCAGUCACCACUGAAACAGAAAUCCAAGCUACUAAGUUUUUCCAGCUUAACGGUACCAAGGAGAAUCCAAUACGUCCACAGGCACCACUGCCUGAUCUGCAGGGCUUUGAAUUUGAAAAGAUGGAGAAUUAUGAAGGUGUUCUGUGUGAGGUCUGGAAAAAAGUCACACAGGCUGGCCAUAAGAAGAACACGUAUCGUCUGUGGGUCACACGUCCAGAGGGAAUUGAUUCCCCAGCCACCCCACACCGCUUUGAGAUGGUGGGCUACAACACUCUUUUGGAGUCCCACAAUGACAAAUACACUAUUGACUACAGUGACUUCAGCCCACAAACUGAGUCUGACAUUUUCAUACCACCUGGAGGAAUGACCUGGGGAGAGUUUCCUGAUCCUGUUGAGGAGCAUCAAAUAUUGGCCAACCCCAUUCAAGACUAUGUCAACACCUCCCCUGUUAGCCACGCCCACCGUCUGUUUGGCCCCUUUAAGGAGAAGUUUAAUCGUCAGUAUGAAAGUGAGAAGGAGCAUGAGGAGCGUGAGAACUACUUUAUACAUUCUCUCCGGUAUGUGCACUCUAUGAACAGAGCUGGCCUUACAUACAGUCUCGGUAUCAAUAACUUCUCUGAUUGGUCAGAAGCAGAGUUGGCCAGGAUGACAGGAGGUGUACUGAUUCGAGAUCGGGAAAAGGAUGUUUAAAAAAAAUAUUAGUAUGUCAUGAAAAUGUAACAAAUCUGCGCAAAUUUUAAAAUGUGCAUAAAACAGAAGUUGAAAGCGUCUUUUCUUCCCUAUUGCCAACUAUUUUGGUUGGGACUUGAUUUUGUCCAUCGGAAAUUGAUUGGAUCAUUGGAUUGUUGUUAUUUGCUAUUGCUAUGAUCUCAUGUUACUGGUUUCAGCAGACAAAAACUCAAUAAAACAAUUUUGAAAUCUG